CGGCAGCCCCCUGGCCGGCGCGGAGGGGCCGCCUCGCUUCUGCCCCAGCUGCCAGGCACUGCAGCCGCCGGCGGCGCGGCCUGACCUCUUCCGCCUGAUGGACUGUGACCGCUCCUUCCGCAUCGACGCGCAGCGGCUGCAGCGGCGGUUCCGGAGCCUGCAGCGCGCCGUUCACCCCGACCGCUUCGGGCAGAGGCCGCUGGAAGAACAGUGCUACUCCCAGCAACACUCCUCCCUCAUCAACAAGGCCUACCAAACCCUCCUGAACCCCCUGAGCCGCGGCCUCUACCUACUGGAGCUGAAGGGAGUGGAGCCGGCACAAGAGACAGACUCUGACGCAGACUCGGCCUUUCUCAUGGAAAUCAUGGAAAUUAAUGAGAAAUUAGCUGAGCCUAAAAAUGCAGAUAGCCUUGAAGAAAUCGAAACGUUAAUUAAAGUUAAACAAGAAGAACUGACCAAAGAGGUGACUGCAGCUUUUGAAAGAGAUGAUCUUCAAGAAGCGAAGAAGCUUCUAGCCAAAAUGAAAUAUUUUGCAAACUUAGAAGAUAAACUGAAGAACAAGAAGAUCCCUUCCUGAUACUGCCUCCUUUCCCGUUAAGAGUUAAUGGUGUUUUCAAUUAAACAACUGAUUUAGUUACCAAAAUCAGAAGAAUGGUGUUUGCUUCCUGCCUUUUCAUUAAAAGCUUUAAUUCUGAGAGAAGGAAGAUGAACGUAAAACAAAUCCAGUGGUUACUGGAGCACUUAUUGAGUACCAGAUGGAACCAGGAAUUGCUUCCAACCAGGAAGAGCUGUACUGGGUAAGGUAGGACUGUCCCUGCAGUUACAGGCAUCAAAACGAGUAUCAGAGAGGCACAAAACCACCAUAUGUAAUUAUGAUUUCUUACUUUUGGACUACUAAAAUAUGAAUAAUUUAUCUGAAAUUGAGAAAGAGCCCUGGACAAAAUGUUGGAGAUAAGCAGAAAGCUCAUUCAAGCUCUCUGUGGUCUCCCUGUGCGCAUUCGGUCAGGCCAGCUGGAAAAAUCUUUAAAGGUAAAUAAAAUAUAUUUAAUUCCAAUCAUCUGUGCUCUCUGCUGCUUGGUGCUUGUUGGGAUGUUGAACUUGGUCUGCCAGGAACUGACCUUUUGAAACUAGAGGAGGUUUUACCCUGUUGCACAGUUUAAAAUGUUGAGAUGACAUGUCAGGGCAAACAAAUAAACCCAAACUCAAA